GUGAAAAAGAGAAACAAAAUCUUGCCCAGUUGCUCAAAAGGAUUUUCAGCUAAAAAAUUCAAAAGAUUAGAGUUUUUCAAUUAAUUUUAAAUCAAUAUUGAAUUGAACUUCCGAUCAUUGCAUUGCUAAAUAAUAAAAAUACGUCUCUGCGCAUAAAAACCCACGACUGAUUUAUCCAAGUUACCUUUACUCUCGAUCAAAUUGCGCCAAUUAGUUCGUAGAAUCCUUUGGGAGAAACACUUUACAAAUUCGCGGGUCAUUAAAAUUGAAGGAAAGCGCUAGAAAAUGAGUCGAUCUGUUGGUCCCGGUCCUGGCCACUAUGGUUUGCCAAGCACCUUCGGCUACGAGCAUCACGAUCCACGAAAGGAUCGAAAACCGAUGUUCUCGAUGAGAGGCCGUUAUGCCAUCAACGUUGAAUCGGUUGGCCCUGGUCCUGCUGGAGCGUACGAGAUAUCGAAGCUAACCCGACACGGACGUCCCCAUAAUCAGGAGCAUACGCUGCGUAUGCGAUUGCAACAGCCAAAACAGGACGCGAUUCCGGGGCCGAACGCAGAUUUCGGAAACAUCCAAGUGCUGCGCCCAAAAGCACCAAGCUAUUCGAUGAGGCCACGGACAAUUUAUCCUUGCGAUAACUGCUGAAUCGAUGGUUUCGUUUUUCUUGUAACUCGUUUUGUCACAGUAAAAUAAAU